AUGGUCACUUUUAAUUGCAAGAACAUUAAACGUUCUGUUGACUAUGUAAGACAAUUAUGUAAAACAUCGGCAAUAAUUGCAUUGCAAGAAACGUGGCUGUUGCCAUCAGAUAUUGCUUUCUUGGACAAUAUCCAUGAUGAUUUCGGAUGUACCGGGAUGUCGUCGAUGGAUACGGGAGCGGGCAUGCUGCGUGGGCGACCCUACGGAGGUAUCGCCUUGCUGUGGAACAAGCAGGUGUUCCGAAAUGUGUCGAUAGUGCAGUGUGAUAACCCUCGCGUGUGUGCCAUCAAAAUAGCUUUGGAAGCGAGGUCAGUGUUUGUGUUUAAUGUGUACAUGCCUUUUGAGAACCCUGGCAACCAGUCAGAGUUCACGGACACGCUGAGUCUGGUGAGUGCCAUUAUCAAUAAUGAAAGUGCCGAAGAAGUGUAUAUACUAGGGGAUUUUAAUGCCCAUCCCACUAAAACUUUUUAUGCAGAACUGUCAGCUUUCUGUAGUGAGGAACACUGGACAUGCGUAGACGUUCAAAAACUAGGCCUAUCAUCAGGUACAUAUACCUUUGUGAGUGACUCAAAUGGAUCACGAACUUGGCUAGACCACUGUGUGGUUUCGGCCUCAGUUUUACAAUCAGUUUGUAAUAUUUAUGUUAUGAAUGAUGUAUGUUGGUCAGACCAUAGCCCUUUAGUGGUGGAGUGUAAUUUAAAUUUAAAAAUUAACUUAUGUCAUAAUAAUUUAACAAUUCCACAAAAAACUGCUAAAAAUAAAAUCUUAUGGGGUGAUAGAAACUUAGAUCAAAUUGAGAUGUAUACAAAAAUAUGUAAUGAAAAACUUAACCUAAUCUGUUGCCCUGACGAACUAGUGUGUUGUAGUAAAGUUUUAUGUGAUAAUGAUAAUCAUAAAACUGUCUUGAAAGAACUUUACAAUGACAUAAUAUGUGUAUUAAGUGAGGCCGCAUCUGCCACCUGCAAGCAAUGUUAUCUGAAACCUAAAAGAAAGCCAGUUGUGGGGUGGAACAGGCACGUAAGCGAGGCUCACAGGGAGGCUAGGUGUAAACAUCAGAUAUGGCUCUUGUAUAAUAAACCUAACAGUGGUAGUGUUUAUAAUGAAAUGGUGGAAAGCCGUAAAAUUUUUAAGUCUCGUUUGAAGUGGUGUCAAAACCAUGAAGAGCAGUUAAAAAUGGACAUAAUUGCUUCACACCACAGAAAGCAUGACUUCAAGGGCUUUUGGAAAGCAACAAAUAAACUUGGUUCUAAGCCUAAACUCCCUGUGAGUGUCGACGGCUUGUGUGAGCACUCAAGUAUAGCAGACAUGUUUAGAGAGCAGUUUUCUGUUAAAUCUCCAUUGGGACCACCACAGUCAAAGUGUAGUACUGGCCUGUGUGGUCAGGAGAUUUAUACUCGGUUUACUGCAGAUGAUAUAGAUAAAAUUAUUAAGUGUAUGUGUAGAGGCAAGUCUCCUGGCCACGAUGGGCUGAGUAUUGAACACCUACAACAUGCAGGGCUGCACCUGCCGAGAGUUCUCAAUAUGCUUUUUUCACUGUGCAUGUCCCAUUCUUACUUGCCCUCGGAAAUGAUGAAAACUGUAGUGGUCCCUAUAGUAAAGAACAGAACGGGCGAUACUAGCGACCGGACCAACUAUAGGCCCAUCUCUCUUGCCACAGUAGUGGCAAAGGUGCUUGACAGUCUGCUUAAUCAACAACUGGAUAAAUAUCUUUCUCUGCAUGACAACCAGUUUGGUUUCAGACCUGGUCUAUCCACUGAGUCAGCAAUCCUGUGUUUGAAGCAGACUGUCAAGUACUAUACAGAGCGAAAUACACCAGUAUAUGGCUGCUUUCUGGAUCUGUCGAAGGCUUUCGACCUAGUCUCUUACGAUAUACUGUGGCAAAAACUAGAAGAAAUGAAAGUGCCACCUGACCUGUGUAAUCUAUUUAAGUACUGGUAUCUCAAUCAAAUCAAUGUCGUGAAGUGGUCGAAUGCUUUCUCAGAGCCAUACAGGUUGGAGUGCGGAGUAAGGCAGGGAGGGCUGUCCUCGCCUAAGCUAUUCAACCUAUACGUGAACGCACUGAUUGAGGAGCUCAGCAGCUUACAUGUCGGCUGCCAUAUUGAUGACAUAUGUCUUAACAAUAUUAGUUAUGCGGACGACAUGGCUCUGCUGAGUGCCUCUCCGUGCGGCCUCGACCGGUUGUUGAGUGUGUGCAAGCGAUACGCCACCAGUCAUGGUUUAUUAUAUAAUGAGAAGAAGAGUGUAUGUAUGGUCUUUCAAGCUGGAGGGAAAAAUCCGGACACUAUUCCACCAAUAGUAUUAAAUAAGACGCCCUUACAAUGGGUUUAUAAAUUUAAAUACCUUGGACACUGGUUGACCUCUGACUUGAAAGACAAUACAGACAUUGAAAGGGAGCGUAGGGCGCUAUCUAUGCGUGCUAAUAUGAUAGCCCGUAGGUUUGCUCGUUGUUCUAGACAAGUAAAAAUAACUCUCUUUAGAGCCUACUGCACAUCCUUCUACACGAGCAGCUUAUGGGUGCAAUAUACAAAGAAGCAAUUUAGUGCCCUACGUGUCCAAUAUAAUGAUGCCUUCAGGGUGCUUUUGGGGUUGUCCCGACGUUGUAGUGCGUCGGGGAUGUUCGCCGAGGCACGAGUGGAUUGUUUCUACACCACUAUGCGCAAACGGUGCACAUCCCUGGCUAACAGACUUCGGGCCAGCUCCAACAGUAUCCUGAACUUGUUCGCGACACGUGUCGAUUUUCAGUAUGUGAAUCAUUGCUCGAUGAUUCACAUGCUGAAAAAUGUACAAGUGUAAUGUAAUGUCCUGUUUUGUAUUUUACUAACAUUAGGUUUUAAGUUUUCUGUGUUACUAACAAUAAAUGAUCUAAAAGUUGGUCAAGAAAUAAAUGAAUUAUUAUUAUUA